AUGAAUUGCUUCGUUUGCGAACCGGAUCCUAAUAGUAAUAGUUAUUUGAAUCGAAAAACAAUCUGCUUACGCUGCUACGAAGGGGCGCAAAGCAUAAUCUUGUUCAUCAACAAAACUGAAAAUGAUAAAUCCAUCAAUUUUUCUCUACCAGAUUCGUAUAAGGGAUUUGAAAAGGCCUUGAAAUGGAUGGCGGAGAUGAUGUUGGAAAAUGAGAAGAAAAAAUAUUCAAUCGGCUUUGCUACCGCUUUGAGGGAUCAAAUCCACACUGAUAUUCAUGUCAUGCCCGGUGACAACGAGCCCCCGAUACCCGCUCAUAGAGUAAUAUUGGCAACGAGAUCAACAAUAUUUCGAAACAUGCUGGAGUCAGACGAAUGCAAAGCUCCGGCAAAUAAAACGAUAACGCUACCGGAGCUGUCUUACGAGGAACUAGACGCCCUACUCGAGUUCUUGUACAGUGGAAGCCUUCCAAAAGAGAAGAUGGAGAAACACGUUUGCUCGUUGGCGAUCGCUGCAGACAAAUACGAGAUCCCUUUCCUGCAGAAGUUUUGCGAAAAUGAGAUGCUUGGAUCACUGAACUCAUCCAACGCUCUUGACACCUUGAAAAUAUCUGACACUUGCUCCAACCAAAACCUUAAAGACACAGCCAUAAGCUUCAUUGUAAGAAACAUGAAAGAUGUAGUUUUCUCCCCCCGCUUUGAGGACUUCGUGCUCAAGAAUCCUCAUUUAAGUGUACUAAUCACAAGGGCAACCGUCACAAAUGAUAAAAAUUGAGAUCUUCGUGGUUCUUAUUGGGUGGAGAUGGUAGGCCGGUCGGUCCGUGAAUUUUCCUUCUUUUUCUUUUGCAGUUGAAGGGGGAUAGUGGUCAACAAAUCCUUAGUAUUUUUAGAAGUGCGUAAUAUCCACGGGAACGCCCAUGAAUUUUAUUAUCAACUUGAUGAAUUAAUUUCGAGAUACAAGGCUUUUAUAUUACUCCCUCUUUCAGCCGUGUUUUACUAUUUUUAAUAAUGAAUUUCACAUUUCAUUAUCUCACUUCACUCAUGUUUUAUUUUCACUAUUUUUUUAAAUUCACUUUCGUUUACAUUUCUCAAAACACAGACCGAGAUGGACGAGGGAGUACAACAGAUUGACUUUUAUUAGAAGUUGUUCACCAUGUCCAUUCGUAAUAAUUGUGAGAAUAGAGUAUGCAAAAUAAGCUUGGCCCGAUGGGCUGACCCCAUUAGCCCGCUACAAUUAGUGGGUUAGGGCUGAACAUUCAAAAUAUAAAUUAAAAUUGUAUAAAAUCGUUUGCCGAAAUUAAAAUUUUUUAUUCAUUAUGGAGUAGUAAAUUCUUCAUUCAUCAUCCAUUCUUUUCAUCCCAAAAUCAUCUAUA